AUGACCGGGCCGUCCAUUCAAGAUCGCACGAGCGAGUUCAGCGCCAUCCUCGGCCAUGCCCAAAAACGACUAGGCGGCUCGAAAGUUGGCACUCAGCGACAGGCGCUCCUGACGGACGCUCAAAGGCGACAGGCCAAUGGGUCGCCCUCUGGUGCGCAGGAUCGCAAGGCAGGCAGAUCCGAGUUUGCGCGACGGGCGCGGGAUAUCGGAAAGGGCAUUACUGGAACGACCGCGAAAUUGCAGCGUUUGGCAGAGUUGGCGAAGCGCAAGACGCUUUUCGAUGACCGACCUGUCGAGAUUUCCGAAUUGACAUAUGUGAUCAAGCAAGACCUCGCCGCGCUGAACCAGCAGAUCGCCUCCUUAUCUGCGUUGACCCAAGCGCAACAUCCCAAGUCGAGCCGGUCCAAGACAGACCAAGAAGGAGAACAUAAUGACAAUGUCGUUGUUAUGUUGCAGGGAAAACUCGCGGACGUCGGAUCUUCUUUCAAGGAUGUUCUUGAAGUCCGUACAAAGAAUAUUCAGGCCUCUCGCACACGAACCGAGAACUUUGUCUCCUCUGUCUCCUCCAAAUCACAAAGCGCUCUUGACUCUCAACGCUCCGAUUCACCUCUUUACAACACCUCGGGCCGCCGAACCCCCCAACCAGGGUAUCAAGGAAACUCGUCUGACCUUUUGACUUUGGAUCCUUCAAACCCCUCACCUUUGGGGCAGUCAAUGCAAUCAGAUCAGCAACUCCUAGUGAUGGAGGAGGCACAAUCUAGCAAUUCUUAUGUCCAGGCCCGUGGAGAGGCUAUCGAAGCUAUUGAGCGAACUAUCAGUGAACUCGGUGGCAUCUUCGGCCAGUUGGCGCAGAUGGUCAGCGAACAGUCCGAGAUGAUUCAACGCAUCGACGCGAACACCGAGGAUGUUGUGGACAACGUCCAAGGCGCUCAGCGAGAACUCAUGAAAUAUUGGACCCGCGUAUCUGGCAAUCGCUGGCUUAUUGCCAAGAUGUUUGGUAUCCUGAUGAUUUUCUUCCUUCUUUGGGUUUUGAUCUCUUGAUCAACUGACUCGCCAAACCUUUCCUUUCGAUAUUGUAUUAUAAUACCUCGCUGUUUGUGGUCUCUCGGACGUACAACAGCUCCUCUGCAUGCCCCACGCUCACCCAUGCGUGCCGUCUUUUUCUUUAUCCUUGGCUAGACUGGGAUGUCUGAUACACUCGUUCUUCCCUUCCAUUUCCUUAUCUCUCUGUCCUGGGACUGUGUCCUUAUGAAGAGCAACUCAAGUAAAUAAGCACUGUGUACUAAUUGAAUCAACACGAAUAAACAAUUCUAUC